AUGUUUUCACGUACAAAAGUAGCAGCAAAAGCAACAAAAGGAUCGAUUGUGCAGAAAGAACAGCGGCUUAUGAUUUCGGGUCGAACAGAAGCUAUAGCAUCGUUUGGUCAACAAAGAAUUUGGUUUCAUGACCAGCUAUACUUUCAUGAUUCCGAUUUAUCUGUCUACAAUAUUGUAGUUCCAUUAUUAAUCAAACAAGGCUCACUCUCAAUUGAACGUGUAAGCUCGGCCUUACGUUCAGUAAUUGAACGGUAUACGAUUCUCCGUACAGCUGUUCGUUUUAAUCCAGGAACUAAUCAGAUUGAACAAUAUAUUCAACCUAUUGCCGAUGAUAUUUACUUAUUCCAACAUUCACGAGGAAUAUCGACAGUGGAACAACUGGAUGAUCUACUUACGGCUGAAUCCAUUAGGAAACACUUUGACGUGGAGAACGGAAGAGUUGUAAAAUGUCAUGUAGUGGAGCGAGGUGAUAAAAGUCAUGAUCAUUUAUUGCAUGAAAAUGAUCUCAUUAUUUUUACUAUCCAUCACAUAGCAUUUGAUCUCACCUCAAGCAAAUCAUUCGUUAAAGCAUUUGAGCGUGCAUGCUGGAUUGACGCGCACCACCAGUCAACAUUAUUGAUUCAGCAAUAUAUAGACUUUGCUCUAUAUGAACAGGCUAUGCUAGCUGAUACAAAUCCCAAUUCAAAAAUGCAUAAAGCACGCCGAUUUUGGUCCGAUCUUAUGCAUGGUUAUGAUUGGAAUCGCAUACGAGUCUUCGUGCCUACCGAAAUUAAACAUGAUCAAACUCGUUCUGGUCGUGGUUAUUCGACUGUAUUUGUCGUUGAUCAACAAGUUGUCGAUGCCAUGAUGAUGUUUGCUUCAUCCAAUAACAUUACGAUGUUUUCGCUGGCAUUUGCCUCCUUCUAUGCGUUCUUAUUCAAGUUACUCAAUAACGAAGAGGACUUAUGCGUAGCAAGUGUUGUAGCUAAUCGUUUUAACCAAGAAACAAAAGAAAUGAUCGGCAUGUUUGUUAAUAUUCUACCAUAUCGAAUACAAAUUGAGCCAAAUAAAUCAUUUAAUCAUUUCGUGCGAAAAGUGCAACAACUAAGUACUGAUAUUUUGGAACAUGCGUCUCUACCAUACCAAGAGAUUAUUGCUCUACACGAUAAACAAAAACAUCAGCGAUUGCCAUCAACAUUCUUUCAAUAUGACUCUUUAAUGUCAUCUACGACGCAAAAAACUACAAUGGAAUUAACUGUAGAUAAAGCUUCAGUUAUUGGUAUAUACUAUGAUCGAGAUCGAAGUCGCGGUAAUGGAUUAUCUACAUUCGAUAUGAGUGUAACAAUAGCACAUGAACAUCAUACGCGAACUACAGAAUGUGUUAUUGACUGUGCAGUUGAAAUAUUUCAAAAUCAAGCUAUUGUUAAUAAACUUGCAACCCGCUUUCAGCAUAUACUUACACAACUAUUUUGUUCUUCGAUUGUUGGCGUGCCAAUCUAUAAUCAAUGCACACCAGCUUCCUAUGCACAAGCUCGUAUAUGGCUUGACGAAAGAAUUCGAUUCGAUCCUGAUAAACCUCAAGUAGCAAUCUAUAAUAUGCCUUUUGUUUAUCGUCUGCAACCAGAUCAUACUUUAUCAAUAGAACGAUUACUUCAUGCCCUCCAACUAAUUGUCUUAAAACAUCAAUCACUUCGUACAUCGCUUGUCUUCAACGCAGAAAAGAACCAAAUCAUGCAACGAAUCAUUGAUCUGAACAAUGAUCAUAAACAAAUGCUUUCAGUUAUCGAAAGUACUUAUGAAACAGAUAAACAACUCACUGAGAUUAUGCAUGAUGAAAAACGUAAUCCUCAUCUUUUUGAUCUUGCUCAUGGUCUUGUCUUUCGAUGUCAUAUUAUUUAUUACAAACAAAUCUCUUCAAAUCAUCUUCUUUCUGACAAAGAUAUACUUAUUUUCAACUUUCAUCAUGCUCUAUUUGACUUUCCAUCAAUGAAAGUUUUUCAUCAUGAUCUUAAUCAAGCAUAUACAACAGGCCAAUUAUUAUAUGAUAACAACACUAAUCUUCGUUAUCUCGAUUAUGCUGUUAUUGAGCAACAAAUGCCAAUGACUGGUGCAAGUAUGUUUUGGCUUGAUGCUCUUCAUGAUUGUAAACUCGAUCAGCCAUUAUCAUUGCCAUUUGAUCGAUAUCGUCUCUCAAAUGAACACCGAACUGGUCGUGGAACAUCGGUUUCUUUUGAUUUUGGUCAAGAUCUAUCACAUGACUUUCUUAUUCAUGCAUCAUCAAAUAACAUUUCACUGGAGCAUCUUGCACUUGCUACUUAUUAUGUGUUUUUAUUCAAAUUAACAAAUGGAGAAAAAGAUUUAUGCAUUGGAAUAAAUACAGAAGAUCGAUAUAGAGAUGAACUUGGAUCUAUCAUUGGAAUGUUUGUGAAUGCUAUACCUUUGCGAUGUCAACUAGAUCCUCAUUUAUCAUUUAAUAACAUUACUAAGCAUGUUCAAGAUGAUAUGAUAAACUGUAUGAAGUAUUCUUAUUUUCCUCUUCAACAUAUUCUCAAUCAACAUCCAAAUAUAUCAACUCCUGUAUUUCUUGAUACAUCAUUUGACUUUGUAUCAUCUACGACAAAAGAUGAGAAGAAUGAAAUAAUGAUCGGUGAUAGUCGAUUUUCUUUACUACCUUAUUCAAUUACUAUUAGUGAAGAUGAAAUCAUGAGUAAAUUUGAUUUUAUUCUUACUUUUCAACAUGAUCUGAAUCUAAAUAAAUUCUCAUGUACCGUUAAUGCUUCCGUUGAUUUAUUCAAUGCUGAAACAAUCUGUAUAAUUGCACAAAGAUUACAGACAAUGUUAUAUCAACAAUUCACAUCUUUUAAUAGUAAAACAAACAAACCUAUUCAUGAAUUAUCAUUAAUAUUACCAGAUGAACAAUAUCUAAUGCAAUCAUUGAAUAAUACACAAGUAUCAUUUUCAUCUUUUCCUCUCACUUGUAUUCAUCAUGAGUUUGUAUGUCAAGUAAUGAAACAUCCACAAAAACUAGCUGUUGAACUAGAUGAACAAUCAUUGACAUAUUGUGAACUGUUGUAUUAUGUUCAAACCUUAUCUUUAACUCUUCUUAAUGAAUAUCAUAUCUCUCCAGGUGAAAUCGUGUGUCAGUGUGUUGAGAGAAGUUUAUCAAUGGUGAUUGGUAUUAUGGGAAUUGAAAUGGCUGGUGGUGUCUAUUGUCCAUUAUCACCUCGAGAUCCACAACAUCGUUUAAAUGCACUUGUACAACAAACUCAAAGUCGUCUUGUACUUGUUCAUUGGUUAACGAAAACGGAGUUUAGCGAUGAUACUCUUACGAUUGAUAUUCAUUCAAGAUUCGCUAAUAAUGAUGUAAUGAGCGAUGGUGAUGUUGAUCGGCUAUCAAGUGUUACAGUGACACCUAAUGAUAUUGCUUACAUCAUAUUUACAAGUGGU